UUUCUGAAAACGCAAGCGAAACAUUGCAUCAGUCUCCCAUCACGAUAAGUGAAUUCGUUGUGCUUGGACUGUCAUUGGCCCGUUCCGGGUCGCAUGAAAGAGAACACCUAGGUAGUCAACCCGCUGCGAACUUUUCAUAAUGCUCAGAAAACUUGGAUAUUUCCGUUAUUCCAUGUAAGAACAAUCAGAAACAACAGAGUUGGUUCUCAGACUGGGCCGCAAUUGGAUUUAUAAUGGUGUAUCUUCAGUUCGGCGAAUGCACACCCGGGUCACUCGCAAGGCAAACAGCUCCGUUGAAGGUGCACUAAAAAUUGUCAUACGGCUACGAGCGGUUUCGUGCGUAUGAGUCCCUCGUCAAUGAUUGCAUUAAAAAAUGCGAACUUCUUGCUCGCAUUUUAGACAAAAAUGAAACCCGCGUUCGACAAUCCCUCGCAGCAACCUGCAUACUUGUUUUGUUAUGGAUCACUGCCCGCGUGAGUUUUUAGGGAAUGCUUAAUUCUCACCAGCGGCCCCCAUCCCACACAACAGGGGUUAAUGGAGGCCUAAUUGUGCAUUGCCACAACUGUUUCAGAAGUGCUCCGAUGAGUCCUCCGACAAUGUCCCUAUAUAUCCACAAAGCCCAAGGCUGCAAUGCUUGUUUUGAGCCCCAUAACCUACCUGCAGUAUCGGGAUACGACGAAAAACAAUUUUAGCGCCUUGUCCAACACAUUUUGCAUCUUCAACAUAUACGAUUACAUGCGCACAUCGCCGAGUCCAGAGGAACAAUGCCAUACUAUGCGACACUCAAAAAUGCACUUGUAUUUGCACUCUAUGUGCAAUUCAGCAGCGCAGAUCCAGCUUUCGUAAAACCGCCUAAGAAUGUGCCAGACGGACCCGAGGCACCACCAAUUAGGCCCCCAGUUCCUCCUCCUGUGGUAGUUGGCUCGCCAGGAAGUGGGUCCCGUGUAAGCGGCGAGGAAGCUCAAGUUGGAAUACAAUAUAAAAUGGGCAACCUCGAGCGAAAACUGAAGCCGGUGGAGGAAGGAAUUGGGGCAUUGACAGACAUCGUUUCCGCUGUCCUGGAAAACGUGGACUGCAGUCCCCCAACUAGAAUCGGCCAGGACGCCAAAACAUGUGAUGCUGAGUUUACACCGACUGCGUCGGUACCAGUUGAAUCGUUCGCAGCAUGCUCCUCUUUCGCCCAAAUCAUUUCGUCAUGCGCAACUGCCACAACAUCUUUCUACUCACUAGACGCCACAGCACAAGCAUCGUGCGCUUGCUACUCGACACCCGCCACGAGGUCGGCGGGUGGGCCGGUAUGCACCGGGACUAAACAGGCACAAGUGACUGCGGCCCCAACACUUGCGAUCUCUGAUUUCGAUGGUAAAGCUGCUUCAUGCUUUAGCUACUUCAGCGCUCAGGGUUAUAAUAACAUCGCCGCUGUGCUGGGAGGCUCGAACAAUCAAUCGCUGCCUACCGGCUCGGCAGGAAGUCAAGCAGUACUCGGAACUGGCUUCUGCAAAAAAGUGAAUGACGGAGCGAAGAGUUCAAACGGGAGCGUGGGUCUGGACCCAUCGCUAAGAAAUAUUGUAUGGACGGAUUGCGCAGGGCUCGUUGGGGGGUCAGAGUCAAACCAAGUAACAAAUGCGGCCGGUGUUGCGCUGAAUGAUUUCGAUCGUGGAGCUAUGUUGGUCUUUACGGUGUUUGUAACACUACUCUCUGUUUUUGUUUUUGGAUGA